UUUAGGGUUUUAGCAAUUUCUCCGAACGAAUGGCUCUCUCUACCUUGCUUGCUUUCCGCCGCCUGCUCAGGGCUGCUGCUUCUCCCUCCUCUUCCUCCUCCUCCUCGCUGCCUCGGCGGAGCUUGUCGCCGUUCGCUGCCUACUGCUCUUCGUCGUCUUCCUCCUCCUCCCCCACUCCGCCCAUCUUUCCCUUCGAUGACACCCCCGCCGACCUUCCUCCCCUCACCACGUCUAAUCUGUUUGUCAGCGGACUUUCAAGGUUAACCACUAAUGACAAGCUUCAAGAAGCAUUCUCUCCCUUUGGCCAGCUGCUUGAAGCGAAAGUCAUUACCGAUAGAAUCUCAGGAAGGUCCAAGGGGUUUGGUUUCGUUAAAUACGCAACCAUAGAAGAGGCAGAGAAGGCGCGCGCCGGGAUGAACGCGAAGUUUCUCGAUGGAUGGGUUAUCUUCGUGGAUCCUGCAAAACCAAGAGAGCCAAGAUCAUACAACCCUCCACAGUCUCAAACUUCUGAAGAUGGUAUCAGAACUAACAAAACUAUUGGUUGGUGUGGUUGAUCAUUUAUACACCCCAUUCGUCAUACCCUUUAUUUCAACGAUUGAAAUAAUUUGAACGAUACAAUCUGUGAGGGAGUCAUUCUCAUUGCCUGUUAACAAUCACAACGAUAUUGAAUUAAGACUUCUAUAUCGAACCGUGCAUUUCAAUGUGCCAUCUAUUUCUUUCUCGAGUUUUAA